UCAAGUGUCUAAGGCGCUCUCUCCGGCGCCGGCAGGGGUGCUCUCCGCCUUCUUCUAGGGGCUGGACCGGACCGGCUCCGCCCCAGCCAGGUAUCGCCGGUUCCCAGGUGCCCGCCGGACCUCCGGCAUUCCAGUGCCGCAGGCCUGUGCAGCGGGCCAGCAGCCAUGGAGGACGCCCCCGAGCGCACUCCCUCUUCCUCGGAGUCCACACAGCCUCCGGGCCUGGCCAGGGAGCCCGAGGUGGCAUCUCCCGGGGACUCGGAGGGCUGCGCCCGGCCUCUAGACACGGUCCCUAAGAAACUCUGUGGGUAUUUAAGUAAGUUUGGCGGCAAAGGACCCAUCAAGGGCUGGAAAUGCCGCUGGUUCUUCUACGAUGAGAGGAAGUGCCACCUGUAUUAUUCGCGCACCGCGCAGGAUGCUAACCCCUUGGACAGCAUCGACCUCUCCAGUGCGGUCUUUGACUGUAAAGCGGACGCAGAGGAGGAGGGCACUUUUGAAAUCAAGACUCCCAGCCGAGUUAUUACCCUUAAGGCUGCCACCAAGCAGGCCAUGCUCUACUGGCUACAGCAGCUGCAGAUGAAGCGCUGGGAGUUCCACAACAGCCCACCUGCACUUCCCGCCACCCCUGCUGCUGCCCUGGCUGAGAAUGGGCCCACCCUGCACCUCAAACUAGAGCAAGAGGAGGCCGAGCUGGAGGAGUUCCUGUGCCCUGUGAAAACACCCACUGGACUCGUGGGUGCGGCAGCUGCCUUACAGCCUGUCCCUGCCAUGCCCUCAGCCCUUCAGAACAUCUCUCUGAAGCAUUUGGGCACUGAAAUACAAAACACCAUGCACAACAUCCGUGGCAACAAGCAGGCCCAAGUGGCCCAAGCGACCCAAGUGGCAGGGCCACUCGUGGAAGACUCGCCUCAGGGUGGAGAGCCUGAAAGCGGGGAGCAGCCCUCGAUCUCUGACCCCAGCAUUCCAGAAAAAGAGCCAGAGGAUCCUGCCAAGUCUGCACCCAGGUCCUCUGUGCCCUCAGGUCCCACGCAGAAACCCAAGCGGCAAAGCAACACCUUCCCGUUCUUUUCCGAUGGACUGGCUCGGAGCCGCACAGCCCAGGAGAAGGUGGUGGCCUUGGAGCAGCAGGUGCUGAUGCUCACCAAAGAGCUCAAGUCACAGAAGGAGCUGGUGAUCAUCCUACACAAAGCCCUGGAGGCUGCCCAGCAGGAGAAGCGAGCAUCCAGUGCCUACCUGGCGGCCGCCGAGGACAGAGACCGGCUGGAGCUGGUCCGGCACAAGGUGCGGCAGAUCGCGGAGCUGAACCAGAGGGUGGAGGCUCUGGAGCAGGGCCGCGAGCGCCUGGCGCACGAGGCCGGCCUGCGGGAGCAGCAGGUGCAGGCGCUCCAGCAGCACGUGCAGCUGCUCAUGGAUAAGAACCAGGCCAAGCAACAGGUCAUCUGCAAGCUCACCCAGAAGCUCACGGAGGACCUUGCCCAGCCCGCCGACGCUACCAACGGCGACUUCCUGAGCCAGCAGGAGAGGAUGGAGCAUCUGAAGGAUGACAUGGAAGCAUAUCGGACCCAGAACCGCUUCCUCAACUCUGAGAUCCACCAGGUCACCAAGAUCUGGAGGAAGGUGGCAGAGAAGGAGAAAGCCCUGCUGACCAAGUGCGCCUACCUGCAAGCCAGGAACUGCCAGGUAGAAAGCAAGUACCUGGCCGGGCUUCGGAGGCUGCAGGAGGCAGCAGGAGCCGAGGCUGGUGACUUCCCUGAGCUGCUGCAGCAGCUGAUCCAGGAGGCCCUGCAGUGGGAAGCAGGAGAGGCGGACAGCGUGGGGCUGAGCCCCGUCAGUGAAUACGAUGACUAUGGUUUCCUGACGGUGCCAGACUACGAGAUGGAAGACCUAAAACUGCUAGCCAAGAUCCAGGCCUUGGAGGUGCGCUCCCACCACCUGCUGGCCCUCGAGGCUGUGGAGAGGCCACUACGGGACCGCUGGGCUACCUUGACGGAGCUCGCGCCCUCAGCCGAGCUCAAACAGCUCCUUCGGGCAGGGGUGCCCCGAGAACACCGUCCCCGAGUCUGGAGGUGGCUGGUCCACCGCCGUGUCCGGCACCUGCAGGCUCCUGGCUGCUACCAAGAGCUUCUAGCCCGGGGCCGGGCAUGUGAGCACCCUGCGGCUCGUCAGAUCGAGCUGGACCUCAACCGGACCUUCCCCACCAACAAGCACUUCACCUGCCCGACCUCCAACUUCCCUGACAAGCUCCGUCGGGUGCUUCUGGCCUUCUCCUGGCAGAACCCCACCAUUGGCUACUGCCAAGGCCUAAACAGGCUGGCGGCCAUCGCCCUGUUGGUCCUAGAGGAUGAGGAGAGUGCCUUCUGGUGCCUGGUGGCCAUUGUGGAGACCAUACUGCCAGCUGAGUACUACAGCAAGACACUGACUGCAUCCCAGGCGGACCAGCGGGUGCUCCAGGACCUCCUCUCGGAGAAGCUGCCCCGACUGACUGCGCACCUGGGGCAGCACCGUGUAGACCUCUCUCUUAUCACUUUCAACUGGUUCCUCGUGGUCUUCGCCGACUCUCUCAUCAGUGACAUCCUCCUGCGGGUCUGGGAUGCCUUCCUGUAUGAAGGGACCAAGGUGGUGUUCCGAUAUGCUCUGGCCAUCUUCAAGUACAAUGAGGAAGCGAUCCUGCAACUCCAGGACAGCCUGGAGAUCUACCAGUACCUGCGUUUCUUCACCAAGACCAUCUGCGACAGCCGGAAGCUCAUGAGCAUAGCCUUCAAUGACAUGAACCCAUUUCCCAUGAAGCAACUGCGGCAGCUGCGGGCAGCCCACCGAGAGCGACUGGAGGCGGAGCUGAGCAAGCUGGAGCUGCUGAAAGUGGAGUACUUGCAGAGGCGGGCAUCCCGGGGCAGAGCGCCACCGCCCGAGGGCUGCGUCAGCGAGGACGAAGGAGAAGGCGACAGCUGACGGACCCCUCUGUCCCCAAAGCCUUUCUCACCUUUGCUGGCAGGAAGAUAGAGUUCAGCCAUGGGCGGGAGGUGUGUGUGACCCUGGACCAGGCCUUUGCCCUCUCCAGGCCUUAGUCUCCCAGGCUUGCCAGCCUGUGUCACUGCCCCACAGAGCACUUUCACACACAGGACAGGAGGCAGGGAUACACGCCCGGUCACCUGACCAGUCUCUGAGGCACCGCCUUUUCCAUUCCUUUGGAUUUCGUCUUCUGACCAGGUCUCGAGGAACUCAGGCUGACCUCAGACUCCAUGCAGUCGAGUGUGGCCCUGACCUUCGGGUCCUCCUGUCAGAGCCAUGAUGACAUAAAUCAACAUCCUUGCAGCUGAUGGCGCUCCACCUUUAGGACAGAAGAUAUCUCAUUACCAGGACUCCUGGGCACAAGGUGUCAGGAAUGUUCCCGCUGGCACCCUCUGGCUCCAGGCCUUGGUCACCGUUAUGUGGCACCCCAAGUUCAAGGCCUGCAUUUUCAGGGCAUCUGUCUUUCCAGACAGUAUCCCCUCUGAGUUGCCACCUGGAUCUGUGUGUUGAGACCACCCUGCUCAUAAGGACCAUCUCUACAGCCUCGUGCCUAAAGCUUGCCUUCUGUUUACAGCCCACUGGGUCAUCCCAGGGGAGCCCCUGCCUGCUACCCUGAGGAACUUGAUGUGGACUGGACAGUGGGCCUGGAGCAAGCAUCCACUCUGGCCUGUGGGGCCAACAGGGUAGGCUUGGGAGGGGAGCAGGGCAGCAGCUCACUGGGCUCACCAGAGCCAGUUGGUAAGCAGCCUUACAUGGAGGGGACAUGGCUAGGUAAUGACUGGCUCUCCCAAAAGCCACCACCAAAAAGCCAAAAACAGGUCGAACUGUGGGCACAGGCUGCUAGAUAAACAGUGCCCUCUCUACUACUCCCCCACCAAGCCACAGCCCCCACCUCUCCUCUGCCUCAACUCUCCCUAGAGGAGAACUCUGCCAAGCACUUGCGCUCCUCCUUGGGGGACCAGAGCAGCUUUCUUACCAAGCUGCACUGUGUUCCAGCAGUGCUGGGCCUUGUGUUCAGCUACUCUUGGAGCCAGGAGGCUUAACCCUGGGGGGUAAGUGUUCUGGGACUAAUUGCCUCCUCCAUCCCUGAACGAGCAGGCCAAGCUCCAGUAACAGGACUCAGAGAACUUAAUGUAGUGUCACACAGAAAGGGAGGGCGGGCUCUGGCCGUGACUGCCUGUGGGCACACCCACAGGGUCAACUCUAGGAAAAGAAAAAGGGGAGUCAGGUGUGGGAUAGUUCCCAGCAGUUCCAACACUGGACUACACAGCCAAACAGUGUCUCAGAAACCAAAUAAAUAAGAGAAAAACGA